AUGUCCAGCAAUCAUGCCAACACAGAUAGUGCAAACGGUCGAUCUGCGUUCGUUACCUCUUCCACCGACUUUGCACUCCCUUUCGGCAGCUCACGACCCAUAGCCGCUUCCAAUCCGACCCAUGCUGCGGGCAGCAGCAGUGCAGGCUUCUUCCAGACAGCUUCUUCUUCGGUGCCGAUCUCGAUCCCAGCCAGUCCAUCCCCCUCUUUGAAUUUCGCUCAGGCGGGAAGCAGCCAACAUGCGCCGCUCCUCUCCCUGUCCGGUGCUUUAGGCUCGUCACCCUCCAAGCUUGCUGCCUCGGGAGCAGGCUUGGGCAUUGGCAACUUGCCUUCACCUUCAGCAAGAGACCAGACCAAUCCGCUCGGCCAGUCCCACUCUGCAUCGAUGUUCAACAACGGCCAACCGCAAUCACCAACGCUGUCAUUGGCGGGAGAAGGCUGGCCCAUCUCGCCCUUCACGGCUUUCCCGUCCGGACCCUCGUCAUCCUCCUCAGCUGGAGCGGCCACAACACCCUCUGGUCUGCUCAGACGUGCACCAGGCAUGAACUCGCCCGGCUUUGCCAUCGCCUCUCCAGCACGCUUUCGUCGAGCAAGCAUGCUGGGUCGAGAGAUCACGCCAUUCCACCUGGACAAGGACGACCGCUCCGACGAAGAAGAUCGAUCGCACGACACGGCUACAGCUCAUCAAACUGCGAGCGGCAGAAGAACUUCAAACCAGGACCCAGACGACGGCGAUGACGAGAUGAUGCAAGUGGAGGACGAUGAUGCGUUGGCCUCGCGAGCACCAAGUACGCCCGUGAUGGGCCCUCCGCUUUCAUUCUUCAGCACACCGAGCACCCCUCCUCCGACAUCGGUUUCGCAUCAUCACACCUCACGGCCCAGCCUUGCGUCGUCGGCGCUGGCUCGAGCGUCGGCCUCGGAUUCGGGCCAGGAAAGCUCGUCGUCCGGAGGUGGGGGAGCAGCCCUGUCGCGCACGGUGCCGCGCUCUCCGUCAGCAGGACCGUCGAUGGGGUCCCCACUAGGACACGGCGGAAAUCGUUCGCGCUCUUCUUCCCUUCUGUCUUCCAAUGUCGUUCGCAAAGCCGUGACACGGCGAGGUAACCUCCUCCCCAAAGACCGCUCCAUGGCACGUGUCGCCGCCUCGCUGCAGGACGAAAGCAAGCCCGAAGACUCGGAGAUAGCCUCGGAAGCCAAACUCCAGAAGCGCCUCGGCGGGGAUGCGAUCCUGCCGCGCACACCCCGAUUUGGUCCCAGCGCCGGCGGCUCCUCCCAUAGUGUAGGGACAGCAGGCAGCAGCAAUCACGGCUCGAUGCGUAUGUCCAAGUCGCCCUUCUUCGGCGCGACGUCCGGACCGAACGCAGGCUCUUCCAGACGCAAGUACAUGUGGGACGACGACGUGGACGACAUCCGCGGCGUCUUUGUCGCCGAUGGGCUGGAUGACGGCGAGAGCUCCGACAUAUCGUCCGAGGAGGAGGAGAUGAUGAUGUACUACUCGCGCAACGGGUCGCUCUCGGACGAGGAAAACGAGAUGCGCAGUCGUGGAUUCGAGGCUUCGAGCAUCAUGCAGGAUGUUGUGCCGUCGUCUGGUAUCUCAGCCGAUACAGCCGGGGUCAAUGAUGCUUCCAAUUCAGGUGAUGGAGCAGGGAACAGCGCUGCGCUGUCGACAAGUAUCGGCUCAACAUCAGCAGCACCAAGCACAGGCGUCGGCUCGCUCCCCAAGCGCAAGAACAACGCGCUCUGGAUGGGUUUCCGAGACAAGGGCAAUGCGCACAAGUGGUCGCCUUCCGCCUCUGGGUCGACCAGUGGCGCGGGCAACGGCGUCUUCACCGGCGAACGAGCAGCCUGGCGUCGAGCAGGCGGGUCUUCCGCCAUGGACCUCGACACGUCCCCUCGCGUCCUGGGUGCAGCCGGCGGUGCGCGCCUCUCGAAACGCAAGACGAUGGGGGACGACCGGUACGAGCCGUACAAGCGUCGGGCAGUAUCGCCGAUGAACCUCGGCUCGUCGCUCGGUACCACGCCGGCCAAUAUCAGUCUUGCCGCUGCUGCCGUCGCUGCUAGCCAACCCGGUGGCGGAUCCGGAGGAGGAGGGGGGUCGCCCCUCUUAAUGCCCAUUUCUUCGCCGUCAGGAAUCCUUCACCCGCGCAUCCAUCAGCACUUUUCGGCGUAUGCAGCGAGAUACUCGACAAGCCCAACGAUCUCCCGGCCUAUCACACCGGUCAAUGCGAACCCGGGUGGACCCCCGGCGAUGGGCGCCUUCUCCCCUGCGGCAGGCGCCGGCAGCGGCCCGGGCUACGGCAGUGGAGCACUAGGUUUGUCCAUCUCUGCGAACAACACGCAGAGUAUGGAGAGUAGGAUGAUGGAGGAGAGGCAGGAGGAGAACGAGGCGCUCAUGGACGAAAAAGUGGGGUUGAUGGGUCUAUCGUAA